UAGAUAUAGAGAGAGAAAGGGGUAGGUAGGUUACAGAUUCGGCAGAGAGAGCCUUUCAAAUUUCACUUGUUCACUAGGGUUCAUAUCUGAUUGUGGUUUGAUCAAUUAUCAGAUGGAGAAACAGAUUGUUGACUAUGUUUUUGUACCAUCAGGCCUUGUACUAAUGGUUACUUAUCACAUUUGGCUUCUCCAUCAAAUUUUGAAGCACCCAAACCGAACUGUAAUCGGCAUCAAUGCCAUCAAUCGCCGCCUAUGGGUUCGUGCCAUGAUGGAGGACACAUCCAAGUACGGAGUGUUGGCUGUACAAACACUAAGAAACAACAUAAUGGCAUCCACCCUCUUAGCAUCGACUGCUAUUAUGCUGAGUUCCCUCAUUGCUGUGUUGAUGACCGGUGUUGGUGGCCGCAGCAACAGUUCAACAGGGCUUCUUUUUGGAGACAAAAGCGAGUUGGGUUUUUCCAUUAAAGUUUUCUCUAUAUUAGUUUGCUUCUUGAUGGCAUUCUUGUUUAAUGUACAAUCAGUAAGGUACUACAGCCAUACAAGUCUACUCAUCAAUGUGCCUUUCGAUAAAAUGGCUACAAAUUUUCUUGAUAACAUUGAAUAUGUAGGGAGGACGAUUAAUCGGGGGAGUUAUUUCUGGUCAUUAGGGCUGAGGGCAUUUUAUUUUUCUUUUCCUUUAUUUUUGUGGUUAUUUGGACCAAUUCCUAUGUUAUUGUGUUGUAUUGUCCUAGUUUUUUUGCUUUAUUUCUUGGAUGUUACUUUUGAUCAUGGGUGGGAUUCUCUAUCUCCUCCCGAAGAAAAGAAGAAUGACGAGGAGGCAAAUUGAGAAGAUGAGAGAUUUGAUACUACAAUAAAAAGAACGUGCUAUAGAGUCGAGUCGGGCUAUUUUGUUUACUUAUUACUUUUGUUGUGAACAAGUCGUAAUGAUAAUAUGUAAGAAGGCAAUGUGGAUUCAAUCCAAGUUGAAUCGAGUUGCUCAUUUACCUUGUUUUUAUGUAACUUCUUCUUUAGCCA